UGGUCCUCCCGCCUUGGCCUCUCAAAGCGUUGGGAUUACAGGCGUGAGCCACUGCGCCCGGCCAGCAUGUGGGUUUUAAUGGGAGAUGUACAUUAGGCAGAUUAGCUACUGUGGGGAAAUUGGUGUUUAAAGAAAAAUGAUGACCUGGAUAUUUUUAUGUUGGAGACUUACCAUAGGCCAAUCAUAUUAGAAUAUCACUGUAAAUAUUUAAAAUAUUUACUGUUGCUAAUAUCAUUGUUGAUACCAUGGUAAGUCCUUAAUUAUUCUCCAGUAAUACAAUUUUUAUUGGUUUUAUAGUUUGUGGAAGACUUUUUUUAAAAAAAGACUGAUUUCUUCAGAGGAUCACUGUUAUUCUAGCAUUCUAUCCCAAGUAAAAUGUCUAAUAAAUUACUCUUAAGAUGAGUAAGAAAAAUUUUGACUUAGUUGGUAUGAUUUAAAUAUAUAGGCAGGCUGUUAAUUUCAUUUUAAUUCAAUUAGCGUUAUUCAAGUCAAGUUAGAACAGAUCUGGUGCAACUACAAUUAAUAGUCAUGUUUUAAUCUUCAUGGUAUCCGGAGCCCAUAUACUUGAGGAGGCAUAUUCACACUUCAACUUUAUCCUAGUAUUUUUUAUGAAGUAUUUAAAGCAAUUAUACCUAAAAGUUAUAGAUUUAUAGACCACUAUCAUCUUGAAAAUCAGAGGCUCUUCAAAACAGAGUUUAAAUUAGUCAGUAUAUAGUUUCUAAACUAUAUAAUUAAGAGUACAGUUAAUACUGAGAAAAAUUUUUAGUUAACUUUUUAAAAUUUCCUGAGAAGUAUUUACUUCUUUAUGGUACUUGAGAGUAUAGGAGACUAUACUGCUUUUGUGCUCUAAUGUAUGUCAAAAAUACCAAACAAUUGAGGAGUCUCAAAUGAGAUUGGAUAUUGAAAUCUCACAUGUCUCUGUAUUUUCAGAAUAUAUAAAGAUUUGUUGUAAGAAUGGUAACUUUUAAUUUGGAUCAAGUAGUUUAAUUAAUGAUACUCGGCACAGAUUUCUAGUCAGCUUUAGUUUUCUUAGAUUUAUUGUCCAAGGGAAUAUUAUUUAUAUUUCAGAGUAAGUCUUUGCUUUACAUCUCCCCUUCUUUUAAGCAUCCUCCUUUAAUGUUUAUUUUUCUUUGUUUUCACUGCUGUCAUGAAUGCUGACAUAAGUGGGAAUGCUAUGCCAGCACUGAAAGAGAACAGCUCAGAGGUUGUACAGCCUUUUUUAAUGGGUUGUGGAACCAAGGAACCGAAGAUCACUCAGCUAUGUUUGGCUGCUAUUCAGAGACUCAUGUCACAUGAAGUCGUGUCUGAGACUGCAGCUGGAAAUAUAAUUAACAUGCUUUGGCAGCUAAUGGAGAAUAGUCUUGAAGAACUUAAGCUACUUCAAACAGUUCUUGUUCUUUUAACAACCAAUACAGUAGUUCAUGAUGAGGCACUUUCUAAGUCAGAACCUGGAAACUGCCCAAACAUUCACCAGCAGGCAAUUGUUCUCUGUUUUCGACUACACUUCACAAAAGAUAAUAUUACAAAUAAUACAGCUGCUGCUACAGUGCGACAAGUUGUUACUGUUGUUUUUGAGAGGAUGGUUGCUGAGGAUGAGCGACACAGAGAUAUUAUAGAACAACCAGUACUGGUACAAGGAAAUAGUAACAGAAGAUCUGUCAGUACCCUCAAACCUUGUGCUAAAGAUGCAUAUAUGCUUUUCCAGGAUCUUUGUCAAUUGGUUAAUGCUGAUGCUCCUUAUUGGCUAGUGGGCAUGACAGAAAUGACUCGGACGUUUGGCCUCGAAUUACUUGAGUCAGUCCUCAAUGAUUUUCCACAGGUCUUUUUACAACACCAAGAAUUUAGUUUCCUCCUCAAAGAAAGGGUAUGUCCUCUUGUGAUAAAGCUCUUUUCUCCAAAUAUAAAGUUCAGACAAGGUUCCAGCACCUCAUCUUCUCCAGCACCAGUUGAAAAACCAUAUUUUCCUAUCUGCAUGCGUUUGCUGAGAGUAGUAUCUGUUCUGAUUAAGCAGUUUUACAGUCUUUUGGUAACUGAAUGUGAGAUAUUUCUGUCACUUCUGGUGAAAUUUCUGGAUGCAGAUAAACCACAGUGGCUACGAGCUGUUGCAGUGGAAUCAAUACACAGAUUCUGUGUGCAGCCUCAACUAUUAAGGUCAUUUUGUCAGUCCUAUGAUAUGAAACAGCAUUCUACCAAGGUUUUUCGUGAUAUUGUAAAUGCACUGGGAUCUUUUAUACAGUCCCUGUUUCUUGUCCCCCCUACUGGAAAUCCUGCAACAAGCAACCAAGCUGGAAACAAUAAUUUAGGUGGCUCAGUCUCAGCACCAGCUAACUCAGGAAUGGUGGGGAUUGGUGGAGGUGUUACUUUGCUACCAGCAUUUGAAUAUAGGGGAACCUGGAUACCUAUUCUGACAAUCACAGUUCAAGGCAGUGCUAAAGCCACCUACUUAGAAAUGUUGGACAAAGUUGAGCCUCCAACUAUACCUGAAGGUUACGCCAUGUCUGUGGCAUUCCAUUGUUUGCUAGACCUUGUUCGUGGAAUCACAAGUAUGAUUGAAGGAGAGUUAGGAGAGGUUGAAACAGAAUGUCAAACCACCACUGACGAAGGUUCUUCACCAACGCAGUCGACAGAACAGCAGGAUUUACAGUCAACAUCAGACCAAAUGGAUAAGGAAAUUGUUAGUAGGGCUGUUUGGGAAGAAAUGGUGAAUGCCUGCUGGUAUGGUCUUCUUGCUGCACUCUCACUCCUUCUUGAUGCCAGCACAGAUGAAGCUGCCACUGAGAAUAUUUUAAAAGCUGAACUGACUAUGGCUGCUCUUUGUGGAAGACUGGGCCUUGUAACUUCAAGAGAUGCCUUUAUAACUGCAAUAUGCAAAGGUUCCCUGCCUCCCCAUUAUGCUCUUACUGUAUUGAAUACCACCACUGCAGCUACACUUUCCAACAAAUCAUAUUCUGUUCAGGGCCAAAGUGUUAUGAUGAUAAGUCCAUCUAGUGAAUCUCACCAACAAGUUGUGGCAGUGGGUCAACCUUUAGCAGUCCAGCCUCAAGGGACAGUAAUGCUGACUUCCAAAAAUAUCCAGUGUAUGAGGACUUUACUUAACUUGGCACAUUGCCAUGGGGCUGUUCUUGGAACAUCAUGGCAACUUGUCUUGGCAACACUUCAGCAUCUUGUAUGGAUUCUGGGAUUAAAGCCUAGUAGUGGCGGUGCCUUGAAACCUGGGAGAGCUGUAGAAGGACCCAGUACAGUUCUAACAACAGCUGUGAUGACAGAUUUACCAGUGAUUUCCAACAUACUUUCAAGAUUGUUUGAAAGCUCACAGUAUCUUGAUGAUGUAUCACUGCAUCAUUUAAUAAAUGCGCUUUGCUCCUUGUCUCUAGAAGCAAUGGAUAUGGCCUAUGGAAAUAAUAAGGAACCAUCUCUUUUUGCUGUUGCCAAAUUGUUAGAAACUGGUUUAGUUAAUAUGCACCGAAUAGAAAUUCUGUGGAGACCUCUGACUGGCCAUCUACUUGAGAAGGUCUGCCAGCAUCCAAACUCUCGAAUGAGAGAAUGGGGAGCAGAAGCUUUAACUUCCCUUAUUAAAGCAGGAUUAACAUUUAACCAUGAUCCUCCACUCUCACAAAACCAGAGGCUGCAGUUGCUUUUAUUGAACCCAUUAAAGGAGAUGUCCAAUAUUAAUCACCCAGAUAUUCGACUCAAGCAGUUAGAAUGUGUGUUGCAGAUUCUGCAGAGUCAGGGAGACAGUCUUGGGCCUGGAUGGCCAUUAGUGCUUGGAGUCAUGGGAGCAAUCAGAAAUGAUCAAGGAGAAUCCUUGAUACGAACUGCAUUCCAGUGUCUUCAGUUGGUUGUGACAGAUUUUCUACCAACAAUGCCUUGUACUUGCCUGCAAAUAGUUGUAGAUGUUGCAGGUAGCUUUGGCCUCCAUAACCAAGAACUCAAUAUUAGUUUAACUUCAAUAGGUUUAUUGUGGAAUAUUUCAGAUUAUUUUUUCCAAAGAGGGGAAACUAUUGAAAAAGAACUAAAUAAGGAAGAGGCAGCACAGCAAAAGCAGGCAGAAGAGAAAGGAGUUGUUUUAAAUCGGCCAUUCCACCCUGCACCGCCAUUUGAUUGCUUGUGGUUAUGUCUUUAUGCGAAAUUGGGUGAACUAUGUGUGGAUCCCCGUCCUGCUGUCAGGAAGAGUGCAGGGCAAACUCUGUUUUCUACAAUUGGUGCGCAUGGAACUUUAUUACAGCAUUCAACCUGGCACACUGUUAUCUGGAAGGUACUCUUUCAUCUACUGGACAGAGUUCGAGAGUCUUCUACCACUGCAGACAAAGAAAAGAUUGAGUCUGGAGGUGGCAAUAUUCUCAUUCAUCAUUCAAGGGACACAGCCGAGAAGCAAUGGGCUGAGACAUGGGUAUUAACAUUGGCUGGAGUAGCAAGGAUCUUCAACACUAGAAGAUAUUUGCUGCAGCCUUUAGGAGAUUUUUCAAGAGCUUGGGAUGUUCUUCUUGACCAUAUACAGUCAGCAGCACUUAGCAAAAACAAUGAAGUAUCUCUGGCUGCUCUGAAAAGCUUCCAGGAAAUUUUACAGAUCGUGUCCCCUGUCAGAGACUCGGAGAAGCCUGAGACACCACCUGUAGUUAAUGUACCUGUGCCUGUUCUUAUAGGGCCCAUAUCAGGCAUGAGCAGGCCAUUUGUAAGAACAGAUUCCAUUGGAGAAAGACUUGGAAGAUAUAGUAGCUCUGAGCCACCCAUUGUUACUGAUGAGCUUGAAGAUUUGAAUCUAUGGUGGGCUGCGUGGAAUACCUGGUAUAGAAUUGGAUCUGAAAGUACUAAGCCUCCUAUUACUUUUGAUAAACUAACUUUUAUUCCUAGCCAACCUUUUCUUACAGCUUUAAUUCAGAUAUUUCCAGCUCUCUACCAACACAUAAAAACUGGUUUCAACAUGGAUGACUUGCAAAAGUUGGGAGUCAUAUUGCACAGUGCUAUUUCAGUCCCAAUAAGUUCAGAUGCAUCCCCUUUUAUUCUUCCAUCUUAUACCGAAGCAGUUUUGACAAGUUUACAGGAAGCUGUACUUACAGCUUUAGAUGUUCUCCAAAAGGCCAUUUGUGUAGGACCAGAAAACAUGCAGAUAAUGUAUCCAGCUAUAUUUGACCAGUUGUUGGCAUUUGUAGAAUUUUCCUGUAAACCUCCACAGUAUGGACAGCUAGAAACAAAGCACAUUGCAAAUGCAAAAUAUAAUCAGAUCCAACUAUUUGCACCGGCGGAAUGGGUAGCCUUGAAUUAUGUGCCGUUUGCUGAAAGGUCUUUAGAAGUAGUUGUGGAUUUAUAUCAAAAAACAGCGUGUCACAAAGCAGUGGUGAAUGAGAAAGUGCUCCAGAAUAUUAUUAAGACUCUUAGGGUUCCUCUCAGUUUGAAGUAUUCCUGCCCUUCUGAAAGCACAUGGAAACUAGCAGUAUCCUCUCUCCUCAGAGUUCUUUCUAUUGGGCUACCUGUUGCCCGGCAGCAUGCUUCUUCUGGAAAAUUUGACAGUAUGUGGCCAGAACUAGCCAAUACUUUUGAAGACUUUCUCUUUACUAAAAGCAUACCUCCAGAUAAUCUCUCUAUUCAAGAGUUUCAAAGAAAUGAAAAUAUUGAUGUCGAGGUAGUUCAGCUUAUCAGCAAUGAGAUACUACCUUAUGCCAAUUUUAUUCCUAAGGAAUUUGUUGGUCAAAUAAUGACAAUGCUUAACAAGGGCUCAAUACAUUCUCAGUCAUCUUCAUUUACAGAAGCAGAGAUUGAUAUUCGUUUGAGAGAGGAAUUUUCUAAAAUGUGUUUUGAAACAUUACUCCAGUUUUCCUUCAGUAAUAAAGUCACAACACCUCAAGAAGGCUACAUCUCACGAAUGGCACUCUCAGUGCUUUUAAAGAGGUCCCAAGAUGUACUGCAUCGCUAUAUAGAGGAUGAAAGAUUAAGUGGUAAAUGCCCUCUUCCAAGGCAACAAGUAACAGAAAUUAUAUUUGUUUUAAAAGCAGUCAGUACUCUCAUUGAUUCACUUAAGAAAACUCAGCCUGAGAAUGUUGAUGGAAAUACCUGGGCACAAGUAAUUGCCUUAUACCCAACUUUAGUAGAAUGCAUCACCUGCUCUUCUUCAGAAGUCUGUUCUGCACUUAAAGAGGCACUAGUUCCUUUUAAGGAUUUCAUGCAACCACCAGCAUCCAGAGUUCAAAAUGGAGAAUCUUGACCGGCUACAAUAUAUUUGAAAGAAGGAAGAUAUUCUAAAAAAUGUUUGCUCCUAACUGAGUCUUCUGUGAGCAGGACAUUUCUUACUGCAAAUAAUUCUUGGCAGCUGUUGGCCUCCUUUAAAUUCUACUUACCUGAGUUCAGUAAUUCAUAUUACAGGCUUGCACAUCAACAAAGGCUCCUGAAUGAACAGCAGUGUAAGGCUUUAAUAAAUUAAACUAAUGGGAGGGAUAAUUAACACUACAGUAUACAUGCUACCAUAUCUCCAAUUGGUGAUUUAAAGUGAGCUUAUGUACAGUUUGUGGUGUGUGUGUUAAUGAUGUACUUUUUAAAAAGAAAGAAGAGAUAUUUCAAUUCAGUCAGAUUUAUUAGGCUGGUGUUUUUGCACCCUUACUCAAGUACAAAAUUGUACUAGAAUUUUAUGCAAGAUGGUACUGUAACAUUCCAUAUUAUGUAAAACCAGCCUUUGUUAACAAAGGGAACUGAUAUACUUGUGUGUAUAAUAAAUGGUACAGUUCCAUAUAAAAUAGUUGCAUUUAUUUAAAUUUUAAAAGUAUUGAUAAUGUUAAAUGCUUAAAGGUCUAUUUAUUAUUAAUACAAAAUUGUUUGCUUACAGUUUUACUUAUAAUUUGCCUUCUUAUGUGGCGGAUAAGCUCACCAUAUGAUCAUGCAGUUAGCUUCAUGCUUAUUUUAAAUGUAUUAUUAGUGACCAUUAAACAUCUGACCAGUAAGGUCAUGUGAACACAGCAGCAAAUAGUUUAUGAUUUGCUGAUUUUGCAACUUUGAAAUAUAGGUUCUUAAUACAUUGAUACAUAUUGUAGCACUAUGACUUCAUCAUACCUCAUUUCUUUAAACAGCUCUCCAAGCUUUCACUGAAGUCUGUCUGUUUUUUAUAUUUGCUGUCUGGAUUUUAAAGACUUUUCAUAUUUUAUAUUUCUACUGAUUUUGUUUCCCCUAACAACAUUUGUCACUGUCUUUGAAUUAUGACCCAGGCAAGAUGAUUUCAGAUUUUCUAAAAUCUUGCCUGUGAGGUUUUGUUCAUAUCAGUGCUUCAUUUUGUAAUGUCUUCUCAAGAAAAAUACCUAUGUUAACUCACAAGUAUAAAAUAUGUGUGUAUAAUAAAACAAUGAAAAGUAUUUUUGGAGAUAGUCAAGCGUUUAGAAGUGCAGUGAACUUGCUGUCAUGGAGUAAAAUGCUAAUUAUGUCUCACUUUCCUAUCCUAGUGAAAAAGAAAAGUGCUCUUGAGUACAAUACCUUAAUUAUUUCUUAAAAUACUGACUUUGACCUAGCUCACUGUAUUUUUUAUUUAAUGGAUUAUAGUAUUUUUCUUCUGAGUUAAAUUUUCAUAAUUUAUGUGAAGACACAAAGAAAUUUAAAACAAUGAUUAUUCAUAAGAAAUCA